AUGGAACAAAGUGAAGGUGAACAGGAAUCCCAGCCAGAGAGUCACGUGGAUAGCAAGAGCAGUGUGAAAUCUUUGCCUGGGGGAGAGGCCCACGUCAAGCUAGAGAUAAAAAAACAUGCAGUUACUGAUGACUACAAACUCUCCAAACGGGUGCUAGGGUUAGGAAUCAAUGGCAAAGUACUGGAGUGUUUCAACAAGGAGACAGGCCAGAAAUGUGCUUUGAAGCUCCUGUAUGACAACCCAAAAGCCCGUCAGGAAGUAGAGUAUCAUUGGCGAGCAUCAGGUUGUCCCCACAUUGUCCACAUCCUGGAUGUUUAUGAGAAUAUACAUCAUGGAAAGAGAUGCCUCCUCAUUGUCAUGGAAUGCAUGGAGGGAGGAGAGCUGUUUAGCAGGAUCCAGGAGAGAGGAGAUCAAGCUUUCACUGAGAGAGAGGCCUCUGAAAUAAUGAGAGACAUUGGAACAGCCAUCCAGUAUCUGCAUUCAAUGAACAUUGCCCAUAGAGAUGUCAAGCCUGAAAACUUGCUGUACACAUCUAAGGAGAAGGAUACUGUGCUAAAGCUCACAGACUUCGGCUUUGCCAAAGAAACCACUGUACAAAAUGCACUGCAGACCCCCUGUUACACCCCUUAUUAUGUGGCCCCAGAAGUCCUUGGUCCUGAGAAGUAUGACAAGUCAUGUGACAUGUGGUCAUUGGGUGUCAUCACAUAUAUUCUCCUGUGUGGGUUCCCUCCAUUCUACUCCAACACUGGUCAAGCCAUUUCUCCAGGGAUGAAGAGAAGAAUUCGGAUGGGGCAAUACGGGUUUCCCAAUCCAGAGUGGGCUGAAGUAUCAGAAGAAGCCAAACAGCUGAUUCGUCACUUGCUGAAGACUGACCCGACAGAGAGGAUGACAGUUUCUCAGUUCAUGAAUCACCCUUGGAUCAAUAGAUCAAUGGCAGUGCCACCAACUCCUCUUCAUACUGCACGGGUCCUGCAAGAGGAUAAAGACCACUGGGAUGAAGUUAAAGUGCCUCACCUACUGCUUGUGCUGAUGACACUUGAAUGCUUCCUGCAAAGUGAAACUGUAGGGCAGACUAAAAGUUGUUUGCAAGCCUUAACUCUUUCCUGCUGGCCUUUAUCAGGAGGAGAUGACCAGUGCUUUGGCUACCAUGAGAGUGGACUAUGACCAGGUGAAAAUCAA